AGCUCUAAUAAUGUUAAUAGGUUGUAAGCAAGUCUUCUAUGCUCUGGUUUUAGUUGGUAUCAGGAGAUGUCCCUCAGCAAAUGAUAUAAACAAACACGCCUACUGCUUGUUUUGGGAGGUCAGAGUCCAAGAACACACAGUUCACUGCAAAAUGAACUUGAUGUCAACAUCUGAACACGUGGACAUCAUGGAGACCACACAUUCAGUAGGCAAUCAGGUGACUUGUCCUUGUCAUGGAGGACUAUGUGCAGGAGCUUUUCACACUGUCCUUGACGACCGGGAUGUGACGAGACUCAUCCACCCCAAUGUGUGUGUGCGUGCACUCAGCAUCAUGGCCGUCUGCGUUAUGUUCCCUCGAAUGUCUCUCCUCUGGCUUACCUUGCUUGCAUGCAGUCUUCAGGCGCUUGGCCAAGGCAACGUGUUUGUACGAGCACCAGCAGCACAAAGCAUCUUCCUGCGGUCUAAACGAGCCAACCUGUUUUUCGUGGAGGAGAUACUGCAAGGCAACCUGGAGCGAGAGUGUUAUGAGGAGCUGUGCAGUUAUGAGGAGGCCAUGGAGUACUUUGAAGACAGUGCCAAGACGCUUGCCUUCUGGACCAUUUACUCUGACAAGCACCAGUGCCUUCCUAACCCCUGCCUUCACGGUGGGAACUGCACCAUCAAGGUGGGUGGAUUCCACUGCUCCUGCACGGCCCCCCACCACGGAUCAGUUUGUGAACUGGGAGCACAAGUCGAGACGAACAGCCAGGAAGAUGAAGCGGAGGCGCUAAAAGCUCCACGGGGGGCAGGUGACCCUCAGGGAUUUACCAAAGACCCUCAGAUUGACUGUCCUGCUUCAACAUGUUCUGUUUCAGGAAUGGUGCCAUGCCCCACCAAAGGCCCAGGCGUCUGUCACCAGCUGUGCACGGUGUCCUCUCGCAACUUCUCAUGCUCCUGUGUGGCGGGCUUCAAACUGCAGAGUGAUGGGCAGACCUGCCUGCCUGAAGUGGAGUUUCCCUGCGGACGACUUCCUGGCAUCCCUACGACAGGACCAUUAUGUCACCAUGGAGACUGUCCUUGGCAGGCUUUGCUGUUGGACAGUGGCGGGGCAGAGCUGUGUGCCGGCGUACUGUUGGGUCAGCGGUCCGUUCUGAUCGCUGCCAGCUGCCUCCUACAGGAAGCUGACCCCCACCCCUCCAACUUCUUAGUUGUCACUGGCAACAAGGGAACACUGAUGUCAGUCAAAGCUUUCUACAUCCACAAACGCUACCUUCAAAAUCACCAUGACAACAACCUUGCCUUCGUCGAGUUGGCCAGCCCCCUGCCCUUGGGCACCGCCCUCAUCCACCUGUGUUUGCCCACCAAGGAUUUCAGUGAAAACAUCCUCAUGUAUCCUGGGAGGGCUGGGGUUGCAACGAGCAUGAACCAGAACUUGGACCAGAACCUAGUCUACACGAGUUUGGACGAGUGUCGCCGCCAGCUUAAUGUCUCGCUUCCACUAAACAAUAAAAUGUUCUGCAUGAAGAGUCCAAGCGGACCAAUAGGGAUGCACAAUCAAACCCAGAUGGAGAGUCUCAACGAACCCCAAACUGAAGGUCGUCCAACAAUAAAGUCCAGAGCUCGGCAAUGUGGCGGUCUGGUGGCCGGUAUGCCUGUGGCCACAAUGGAGCGCGGGACUGCGUUUCUAACAGGACUGCUCAUUUUGCCACCUAAAGGCUGUCCUCAGAACGGGCUGGCGUUCACCAAAGUGUCCCGAUACCUAGCUUGGAUCAGACUGCAUUUGGAGGCUGCUGAGAACCACAUGACCACACAAGCCCCCGAAUCAAAUAAGACUAACUGAACCAACUUUUGAGUGACCUGUCCAGUUUAGGACGUCACACAUUCUCUGCCAAAGAUCAUCAAUUAAAGAUGCUCUCCUCUAUAACAUCACUGCAAAAUCAGUAUUAGUUUAGUUCAAACAGAGUGAGACAUCCUGUUUCUGGAGAAUAGCAAGCGUUUGGAACAUCAAAUAUGAUGAAUUGUCUCGUAUUACAUUUAAAAUGAAAUCACUUGUUAGAAAUCUUAUGUAGGCCAUAAAAUCUGUUGUGGAAAUAAAUAUUUCUUAAGAAAAGAGAAUGCCUGGAAUAAAGACAGGGAGUUUGCACAGUUUAUUUCUUUUGCAAAAGAGGUCAGACAUGGCUGUCUGCAGAUGUCUGGGGCUAUAUAAGUCUUUAUACUCCAUAACAGCGGCGGCCAACCAGUCAGAGAUCAAGAGCCACAUGUUUUAGUGUGUUACUGCAAAGAGCCACAUCAUACACAUGAACAUCAUUCCCUCCUCACACACAUACCUUUGCUCAGACAGAUUUAUGUGACUGCAAAGUUCAGGACCUUUCGGAAAUUGAUGUUGCCAGGUUGAUGUUGCCGUGGAGCGAGCUGAAGUGUCGCUGAAGAUUUGAAGCUUUGAAAUGCGAUAAAGACGCCUGACACAAAAGGCAGAGUGGCUGGUUGCGCUCAACAAAAAAAUACAAAACAUGACACAUUGGCUUUGUUCUGCUUUUUUGGAAUCAACGGGCAUAAAAUAAACCUAUUAAAAUUGAUUUUAUUUUAUUUUUUUUUUAUUAGAAUUGGUUUCUCCAAAACCUAGAUGAAACAAAGGUAGGUGUGAGUUACAACAACAGCUCCAAGUUGGGAAAAUAUGUGAAAUCAGUACGUAGUGACAGUGACUUGAUUGUACAACACACUGAUGUAAGUAAGUUAUUUUUUUCUACUAUUUUUACUGUAUUUAAUACUUUGCCUACAGCCAAUGGUCAUGCUAAUGAGAGCAAAUGAUCCAUUCAAACCCAAAUUUACAACUGGAGGAACAUUACUACAGUGUGACAAUGUCGGCUUUAAUGCACAUUGAGACAGAGACAGAUUGUGUAUUGGCUUCAAUUGAUUGAAACCUCGUAUUGCAUGGCAACCACUUAAAUGCACAAGCUAGAUGCUAAGAGGCAACAUAUGGCAUAAUGGCAGAGUGGUUAGCGCAAUUUAAAAAAUGUAAGAUUCAUCAAUCCCAAUGGCCAAACUAUUAACAAAGUGUCUGUAUUCAGUCAAACAUGAUGACUGCCUACUGCUCCUCAGAGAUUAGUCAUGUGCAGAUCACAUUUAUGUACAUCGUAGAUGUGAAAUGUUGUGUUGCUCAUUCAUUUCUUUUCUAUGUUCUAGGUGAAUGUUAAAUGACCUGACAUCUGGUGACCCUGAUGAAGGCCCUGAGGAGGACGUACCGGCGCUCCAGGACGCAGAAAGCCCCACUCUCAGGGUGGUCAAAUGAGAGACCAGGGGCCUCACUUAAAAAACUGUGCGUGGAAAUCUGUCUAACAGUCUGCGUACGCCAGAAACCCAACAUGUACGUGCAGACAAAAAUAUUUAGACCUAAAAAAAGUGGCAUAUGCACACAUUCAUGCAAUUUGUGCUUCACCCGCUGUCCAAAUGCCUUCAAUUCACUGUAAAUGGUCAGUGCAAAGCAGCUCAUGAAUGUGGCGCCCAUAUUUAGUGACCCUUGAAUGCAUUUCGUUCUUAUGAAUAACGGCUUCUGAGAAGCUGAAGACGAAGAAGUUGGAGAGCUGGAGGCCCGUAAAAAUAUCAUAUUUGGGGGACAGCUGUGGCAUUACGAACAACAGGAAAAUAAGCCAGCGCAGCAUCCGCUGUCAACAGCGUCAGUGGAACGGGGCCAACUGUGGCAGAAGUCGUCGUACACACAUUUCCAUUUCUAGCGUAGUAUCUGAUAUACUAACAUACAAAAUGCCAAAUCUUAUAUGUUUUUUUAUAACUUAAUGAGUAUGAGGCUCUGCUCACGAGAGUCUGGCCAGCUGCUCAAUAGUAAACAAUAGUAUAUCAGUAUAUCAGACGGAACGGCAAAUGAGGGGUAAUGUAAUUAAACAUACACCAGACCUACUAUAGAACCUCAGUGUGGCACUUGAACCUCUUCCGCUUGUACACAAUGUAGACAAUUUUGGAAAGGGCCCAACCAAAGAUGCUAUAGGUGCCAUGAUUCUAUAGAUGUGACAGUCACUGGUCAACAUCAAAACAACAUGUGUAUUGACCAUGUAAGGAAAGGACCAACCCUUCAGACAACAGGUUGACAUAAUGGUUUGCAAACCCUAUAAGUUUGACUUCUUGACAAAUUCUCGUUGUAAGUUCUUCU